AUGUCUUCUAGAGCCCACAGACACUCGGAGUCGAGUUCCAGCUCAAAGAAGCAUACACCGACAAAGUCCAGGACCAAGUCCAAGUCUCUCAAGACGGACGACUGGACAGACGUCACCGACCCAGAAGAGCGAAGACGAAUUCAGAACCGCAUUGCCCAGCGGAAAUUUCGAGAGAACGCCAGAGAAAAGAAGGAGAUUGCGGAGCGCGAGUACGAGAACGAGAUCAACUCCCACCUCACAUACGACAUUGCCGAUCCUGAUCAGGUCAAUGACGAUGAAGGCCCGGUAUGGGGCGGCCCCAGCUUCCGCCACAUCUUCUCCAGAGGUCGCGAACACGAGAGCCGUCGCGGCAGCCAUCGAGGACAGUCGUUUGCAGCAGAUGACCCUCGAACGGCACGCUCCUACAGCAACGCAACGGGCUACUCGUCAGGGGGAGGAUAUCAGCACCACCGUCACCAGGCGGUGAGCCACGCAGGCGGCAGCAGCGGCGGCGAGGAGAUGAUUUACACCGAGGAGUCACCGUACUACUACGACUACGACUACGAGCAUCAGGCGGGGGAGCAGGGCCAGUGGCAGAGGCGGCAGAACAGUGGACAGAGCCCCUCGUAUUAUGGCGGUCAGGGCUAUCAGGACAGCAGUGUCUCGGGGCAGCCCUACGCCUAUGGUUCGUCUUCUCCCGGCAGCAGCAGCAUAUCCUCUCGCGGGUAUGGAGCGUAUGGGCAGAGCCUAUUUUAG